UCCUGCUGGAUGUCUAGCGCAAACUAGGAAGAGGCAGAAGGGGCAGAGACGCCGACAGAGACCCAGAAGUUGAUGUGCAUUUAAUAAUAAUAAUAACAUAAAUAUAAAUAAAUAAGAAGUUGCACUGAGAGAUAGGAGCAUGGCCAAGCCGCUGACAGACCAGGACAAGAGGAAGCAGAUCUCGGUGCGGGGGCUGGCCGGGGUGGAAAACGUAGCGGACCUGAAAACUAAUUUCAACAGGCAUCUCCACUUCACCCUGGUCAAGGACCGAAAUGUGGCCACCAAACGGGACUACUACUUCGCCCUGGCCAACACGGUCCGGGACCACCUGGUGGGCCGCUGGAUCCGGACGCAGCAGCAUUAUUAUGAGAAAGACCCGAAACGCGUCUACUACCUCUCCCUAGAGUUUUACAUGGGUCGGACUCUGCAGAACACCAUGGUCAACCUGGCCUUGGAGAACGCCUGCGACGAAGCCACGUACCAGCUGGGUCUGGACAUGGAGGAGCUGCAGGACAUCGAGGAAGAUGCUGGCCUGGGCAACGGAGGAUUGGGACGCCUAGCUGCUUGUUUCCUGGACUCCAUGGCCUCUCUGGGUCUGGCUGCCUACGGAUAUGGCAUUCGCUACGAGUUCGGCAUCUUCAACCAGAAAAUCAUGAACGGCUGGCAGGUGGAGGAGGCUGAUGAUUGGCUGCGCUAUGGGAACCCCUGGGAGAAGGCUCGCCCCGAAUACAUGCGCCCCGUCCACUUCUACGGCCGAGUGGAGCACACAGACGAAGGAGUGAAAUGGGUCGACACUCAGGUGGUUCUGGCUCUUCCCUAUGACACGCCCGUCCCUGGCUACAGGAACAACAUUGUCAACACCAUGAGGCUGUGGUCUGCCAAGGCCCCCUGUGACUUUAACCUCAAGGACUUUAAUGUUGGUGGCUACAUCCAAGCUGUGCUGGAUAGAAACCUGGCUGAGAACAUCUCCAGAGUUCUGUACCCCAACGACAAUUUCUUUGAGGGGAAGGAGCUGCGUCUGAAGCAGGAGUACUUUGUUGUAGCCGCUACUCUUCAGGACAUCAUCCGUCGAUUCAAAGCUUCCAAGUUUGGCUCCACGGAGUUUGUGCGUCUGGACCUUUCUACACUGCCGGACAAGGUCGCCAUCCAGCUGAAUGACACUCACCCUGCUCUGGCCAUCCCUGAGCUGAUGAGGAUCCUGGUGGACAUUGAGAAAGUCUCCUGGGAGAAGGCCUGGGACAUUGUGGUCCGUACCUGUGCCUACACCAACCACACCGUCCUGCCGGAGGCCCUGGAGCGCUGGCCCGUCGACCUCUUCCAAAACCUGCUGCCCAGACACCUGGAGAUCAUCUACGAGAUCAACAGGAGGCACAUGGAGCGCAUCUCUGAACUUUACCCCGGAGACUUCGAUCGGAUGCGCAGAAUGUCCCUGAUUGAGGAGGGUGACGUCAAGAAAAUCAACAUGGCUCAUCUGUGCAUCGUCGGUUCUCACGCUGUCAACGGAGUGGCCCGCAUCCACUCUGAGAUCAUCAAAGACACUGUGUUCAAGGAUUUCUACGAGGUCGACCCUGAUAAGUUCCAGAACAAGACCAACGGUAUCACACCGAGGCGCUGGCUGGUCAUGUGCAACCCCGGACUGGCUGAGGUCAUCGCUGAGAGGAUCGGAGAGGACUACAUCCGUGACCUGGACCAACUCAAGAAGCUUUUGGAGUUCGUGGACGAUGACGCCUUCAUCCGGGAUGUAGCCAAAGUCAAACAAGAGAACAAGAUGAAGUUUGCUGCCUAUCUUGAGGAGCACUACAAGGUGAAGAUCAACCCCGAGUCUAUGUUUGAUGUCCAGGUGAAGAGGAUUCAUGAGUAUAAAAGACAGCUGCUCAACUGUCUGCACAUCAUCACACUCUACAACCGCAUCAAGAUGGAGCCCAACAAGUCAUGGACCCCCAGGACGAUCAUGAUUGGAGGAAAGGCAGCUCCAGGUUACCAUACGGCCAAGAUGAUCAUCAAGCUGAUCACGUCAAUUGGCGAUAUUGUCAACAACGACCCCGUGGUCGGAGAUCGCCUGAAGGUCAUCUUCCUGGAGAACUACCGGGUCACUCUGGCUGAGAAGGUCAUCCCAGCUUCUGACCUGUCGGAGCAGAUCUCCACGGCCGGCACCGAGGCCUCAGGCACCGGGAACAUGAAGUUCAUGCUGAACGGCGCCCUCACCAUCGGCACCAUGGACGGGGCUAACGUAGAGAUGGCGGAGGAGGCCGGAGAGGAGAACCUCUUCAUCUUUGGCAUGAGGGUGCACGAUGUGGAGGAGAUGGACAAGAAGGGCUAUGACGCAGCGUCUUACUACAACCGCAUCCCAGAGCUGAAGCAAGCGAUGGACCAGAUAUCCGAAGGCUUCUUCAGUCCCAGCCAGCCCGGCCUCUUCAAAGACCUGGUCAACAUGCUGAUGCACCACGACAGGUUCAAGGUGUUUGCAGACUAUGAAGACUACAUCAAAUGUCAAGAAAAAGUCAGCGCCCUCUACAAGAACCCCAAAGAAUGGACCAAGAUGGUGAUCCAUAACAUCGCCGGCUGCGGUAAAUUCUCCAGCGACCGCACCAUCUCCCAGUACGCCAGGGAGAUCUGGGGGAUGGAGCCCAGCCUGGAGAAGAUCCCCGCCCCAGACGACCCUCGCUAAGAGACCUACGACACCCACCGCCGCCGCGGCCGCGUAGCUCGUUAGUUAAGCUGGUGGUCGGACCCCCCCCCCAUGUAGCUUCCUCUUUUACUGUGGCAUUACUUCUUUACUUGAUCCCCUGUACAACCUCUACCGCUUCCACCAAUGUGUCCAAAAACGGCCUUAUGAAGGAUCUGACCUCCGAUCACACGCACACGGUCACCGUUGAGGGGUGAAACCUCAGAGCUAGUCGUGCAGCGGGAACAUUAAAGACAAAAAAAAAAAACACUCCCUUCACCUGGUAGCACUCUUGGAGAAACUCCUCUGGGCCUCUUUAUUUUUUAGUAAAAAAAAUUCUAUUUUUAACCGAACCUUUUAACCCAGAUACUAACUGCCACAUUCCACUUCUUCUUACAUCCUCAUCGUAGCCACACAAGAGAAAAGAAAAAAAAAAAAAAAGCCAGCAAAUAUUCAAAUAUUACACCUCAGCCACUGUUAACGGUUCCAAAAACCAGUCUUCCAUGUAAGUAAGUAAGUACGGAGGGUGGUAGGUAGGUGGUAGGUAGGUGGUAGGUAGGUAGGGUGGGAGGGGGCCACCCAGUGGUCAGUUAGCACCACAUCCUCAUAGCAGCACUGUGACUUCAUUGUGUUUAAGGGGGAAACUAUCUGUUAACAUUAUUAGCAUUAUUAGCAUUUCACAUGAAGACUCCCUGACGUGUCUCUAAGUGUUGUAAGCUGAUUGUUUGUUUGUUAUUAUUAUUAUUAUUAGUAUUAUUAUUAGGGAGCCCUAUGAUGCAGAUUAUGAUGAAUUAACCCACGUCCUCCUCAGCAUGUUGGCGUGUCUCACUGUGCUGUCCCCUAAAAGUGACCUGCGUUAGAAAAUAACAAAGCCUCGUUUGCCUAAUGCCUAAAGUGACUGAAUUUACCUUUAUAUAUAUAUAUAUAUGCGUGUGUGUGUGUCCUUUGUCAUAUUCGUGUGUCAUACUGUUGUACUGUAGCCGUUGACGUACUGUAGCACCCUGUCUUCCUGCCUUCACUGUCAGCCGGUGCUUUUUCUUUAUUCGAUCAAUAAACGACAAACAUCCAACGUGAAA